AGAAAAGUCCACCAUACAUUUUCUCACCAAUUCCAUUUCUUGGGCAUGCCAUAGCAUUUGGGAAAAGUCCAAUUGAAUUUCUAGAAAAUGCGUAUGAACAAUAUGGACCUGUAUUUAGUUUUACCAUGGUUGGCAAGACAUUUACUUACCUUCUUGGGAGCGAUGCUGCUGCACUGCUUUUUAAUAGUAAAAAUGAGGACCUGAAUGCAGAAGAUGUCUAUAGUCGUCUUACAACACCUGUGUUUGGGAGAGGAGUCGCAUACGAUGUGCCUAAUCCCGUUUUCUUGGAGCAGAAGAAAAUGUUAAAAAGUGGUCUUAACAUAACCCACUUCAGACAGCAUGUUUCUAUAAUUGAAAAAGAAACACAAGAAUACUUUCAAAGUUGGGGAGAAAGUGGAGAAAAAAAUUUGUUUGAAGCUCUUUCUGAGCUUAUAAUUUUAACAGCCAGCCAUUGUUUACAUGGAAAAGAAAUCAGAAGUCAACUUAAUGAGAAGGUGGCACAGUUGUAUGCAGAUUUGGAUGGAGGUUUUAGCCAUGCAGCCUGGCUAUUACCAGGUUGGCUGCCUUUGCCUAGUUUCAGACGCAGAGACAGAGCUCAUCGAGAGAUCAAGAAUAUUUUCUAUAAAGCAAUCCAGAAACGCAGGCAGUCAGAAGAAAAAAUUGAUGACAUUCUUCAAACUUUACUAGAGUCUACAUAUAAGGAUGGGCGUCCUUUGACAGAUGAAGAAGUAGCAGGGAUGCUUAUUGGACUACUAUUGGCAGGGCAGCAUACAUCCUCAACUACUAGUGCCUGGAUGGGCUUCUUUUUGGCCAGAGACAAAACAUUUCAAGAAAAAUGUUACUUAGAACAGAAAACAGUCUGUGGAGAGGAUCUGCCUCCUUUAACUUAUGACCAGCUCAAGGAUCUAAAUUUACUUGAUCGCUGUAUAAAAGAAACAUUAAGACUUAGACCUCCUAUAAUGACCAUGAUGAGAAUGGCCAAAACUCCUCAGACUGUGGCAGGAUAUACCAUUCCUCCCGGACAUCAGGUGUGUGUUUCUCCCACUGUCAAUCAAAGACUUAAAGACUCAUGGGUAGAACGUCUAGACUUUAAUCCUGAUCGCUACUUACAGGAUAACCCAGCAUCAGGAGAGAAGUUUGCCUAUGUGCCAUUUGGAGCUGGGCGCCACCGUUGUAUUGGGGAAAAUUUUGCCUAUGUUCAAAUUAAGACAAUUUGGUCCACCUUGCUUCGUUUAUAUGAAUUUGAUCUCAUUGAUGGAUAUUUUCCCACUGUGAAUUAUACAACUAUGAUUCACACCCCUGAAAACCCAGUCAUCCAUUACAAACGAAGAUCAAAAGAAAAAGACUGCAAGGAACCAAUAUGAUACAUCAUAAGCUGCAAAAGCAUUUGAAGAGAAUGACGUUUAUGAAACGACUCUUAUAGUAUACUGUUUUUAUGAGUGUGUAAUUUUAAAGCCAAUUUAACUUCUGAUUUUAAUACCUUAUUAACUGAAGGUUCUAUCAAACCUAAUGACAUUUAAACCAUUUUUUAAUAGUUCCAUACUACAUAAAUGUACUUUAAGGAAACUCAUUAGUUAAAAAAAUUGUUCAGGGUAUCUAGGUAAUUGGCAGAUUCUAAAUAAUACAGUUUCUUUCAACACUGGACAUAACUGGUCAAAGAAAAGUCAUAAAAUUUCCAGAUAGUAAUUUUAAGAACAUAUGUAGCUCUUUGCAAGUAAGUUCAGGGUAUUCAAAUCUUGGACUAAUUCUGCAAGAUAUAAAAAAAAUAAAAGUCCAGAGAGAUACUUGGAAACCAUAGGCUAUCAAUUAUCUGGGCAAUUUGUGUGUGUGUGUGAGUGAGAGAGAGAGAGAGAGCGCACGUGCGAGCAUGGGAGGUUAGGGAAUAAACUCACAUCUAAAGCUUUGAGUAAGAGAAUACUAACUGGUUUAGUAUGAUGAUACUCAGAAGUGGAGAUACAGAGAAAAGUAUAUAUCCUUUGAAAUUUUAACUGAAAGCACUUCCUAUAGGAAAUUGAGAUCUAGGACCAUACUGAACAAUAGUUUCUGAAAACAAUGUAACUAUUAGAUCUAAUUACUAAAAUACUAUGUAUUAUAAAUAAGUAUCUGGUUCCACAAGCUCCCAUCUGCGUAAAAGUCCAAAAGAAAGUCCUUAGGGCCUGAUUUUGCUUCUCUUCUUUGGCUCAAGGUUGUUCCCCAUUUCCUCUCUAGAAUCCAAUUAAGGAUGCUUCUGCUACUAGUCCUGUUGAUUAAAACAGUUAACAAACUUGUAAAAAAAAAAAAAAUGUAUAUAUAUAUAUAUAAUGUGUUAUCAGGAAUAUCUGGCUUUAAGAUAAGGUAAUAUGAAGCAGGGUCCUUGGGAAUAAUAAAAUUGGUCACAUUCUAUAAACUCUGUGUUCAGGAAUCCCCUUAUGUCAAAUUAUAACUGGAGGCCUGACAUGAGACACCUAUGAGGCAAAAAUAUUUUCUCUUAAGUAUAUUAGAGUUGUAUUUAAAAGACUGGAAGACUCAUGUUGAACUCUAACUGUGAUGGCAAAGUCUGCUGUUAGACAAUUUUUCACAUUAAAAUUCUCUUUGAAUAAAAAAGUCUGUAUUUAUGAAUUA